UCCGAAACCAAAAAAACCCGGUCAAAACCCGUCAAAUAAGAAGUCAGUAUGACAGUACCCACCCACUACUUCACUACCCCAGAUUUUCAGAGCUGUUUCUCUUUUUUUUUAUUUUCCCCUUUUUCUCUUUGAAUUUGGCGAUUUUCAAUUAAUUUUUUGCUCCCUUUUUUCUCGCCUGCAACAAAAAAAGUUACAGAAGAUGGGUUCUCCGACUCCGUGCUAAUCGCUUUACGCCAUUGCAACGGCUACAUUUCACGGCAUCAAACGGCGCGCUGUUCCGAUUAUAUAUCAUCAUCAAAUUUUUUUUUUUUUUUUUUUUUUUUUUUGUUUUGGGCGCUACGAUUCAGUUGACUGAGAAAAAACGAAGUAAAACCUAAAAAUCGAGAAGGGCGAUGAACUACAGCAACAAUGAUAAUGAGAUGUGGGAUUGGCAAGGCCAGGAUUGUGGGCUUGAAGAUGAUACAAACAUAGAGAUAUCUAAUUGUCUGCUGACCGAAUUGAACCAAAACGAAGACCGUAGAUUCGAUGAUGCUACUACACCAGUGAAGGCUUGUGGGGAUUUAGCUUACAGUGUAAACAACAAUGAAAUUACGGGUAAAGAUGUAGAGCAAUACAGAGAGACUUCCUCGCAAGUGAAAAGGCGAAGAAUGCUACAAUUUGAGACGGAUGCGCUAAACCCACCACUUUACAACGACGACAUGUUUUUAAGAUCUAAGGAAACGCAGGAAUCUCUUGGAGAUGCUAUUUCCGAUAUGUCGGAAUGGGUUGCUGGAUUUGCAGGCCCGUCUGAAUCCAGCAGCGAGUAUCUGGACCCAUCCGCCGAAGGAUGGAUUGCUGAUUGCUUAAACGAUGAUGAGAUGAAUUUCACCACUGAAGAUAUUAGCACUUCUCCCGGUGCAUCUGAUUUCCAUGUCGACAUCACAGAGCUUAGUGAUACCCCUUCCGAGUACAAUGCUAAUGCAGUAGAAAGACAUCCAGUUCAUACCAACAAAAAUGUCGUUUUCAAAGGUAGAAAGUCGUAUAUGCGUAACCCUCCAAAGCUAGCUUCUUCGAUUGUAUAUCCCUUCACAUUCAUUAAACCAUGUGGGGUCCACGGGGAUGUGACCCUGAAAGACAUAAACCGAAGAAUACACAAUCCACCAAAACCGAAGCAGAACGAUCCCGAAGCUUCCGGACCUUACCCCACCUCAGCAUUUUCGGGAAAGCCCGUUGUUGGUAAAACAAAGAUUCGAACGGAAGGCGGAGAAGGCAGCAUUACCAUCGUUAGGACUAAAGGGUAGUUUCUUUCUUCCCUUUACUAUUAGAAGCUAUAAAUCUAUGGUCAAUAUUAUUAACACUAUGGUUUUUGUAAGUCGAAAUUUAUCUUGUUUUGGUGAUUUUAGCAGUAAUUAAGGAUCUUGACCUCUAGUUGAUCCUCUGACUUUCCCCUUGUCUCGUUUAGAGGGAAACUUUUGACUUUUCGACGUGGGAAAUGCGUUUAUGUAUUUCGUACUUAGUUUGUAAUUAGUGGUUGCACUUGGAUCAUCAGAUUUUAAUUUAAUUUGUUGAUAUCUCUA